AUGGCAGAACCCCCGCCAGAGAGCUCUCACACCCCACCUGUCGCGUCCUUGAUUGACUCCACACGAUCUCACGGCGACUCGAUGGAAGAUUCUGAUCCCCAGGCGACCCGGAAACGUCCGCGCCUCGAUAGUGGAAGUCGCGUAGGAGAGUCAUUGUCCAUUGACGCCUGCGCGACUCCCGCAGCCGUUCCUGCCUCGGAGAUGGAUCUCACCCCGGAUUCAGGUCGCCCCAGUAAAGUGACGAUCAACGUGAAGUCUCCAAAUAUCGACAUGCCUUCAGAAAAGGUAGCACCCCCUUCAAAACAACCUGAACAACCUCACACCACCUCACAACCCCCAUCUCCAACCCCAAAUACCGACAUCCCCGAUACGACAUCCCCCAACGUGGUCUCCAUAUCCUCAUCGCCGGCGCAGAGCCCAGAAAUCGAGGUCGCAGAGCUGGAGGACAUGGACCAGUACCCAAACACAGGUAGCUGGGGGCCUCUUGAAGACGCAUUGCGUGACCAUGCGACACGGGAGGUGGUGGAGGUCCACGACACAGCCUCAUUGAUCGACUCAUUCCCAAGAUACCGAGAGGACCAAAACUCACGAGACAAUUUACGACGGGUUAUUCUGAUGAUGGAAAAGCAGGAUCAUCGCGAGGUCAAAUUUCUCACUGCGGUGAAGAUCUGGAUGGAUGACUGCGCAUGCAGCCUUGACCGACUAACCCCUGGUGCCUUUGUCGAAGAUCUUGAAUUCUGGGAGCUUUUGCCAAGCUUGGUAGAGGCCAUGAUGCGCAGAAACCAAGAACUGCCAAUAGAUGAUGGCAGAGGCACAUGGAUAUGUUUGGAAGAAUUUCUUUUAGAUUACAUCCAAAUCACGCUUCACCUGCUUCGCAUUGACAUCGUGUCCUUACGCCAGGCUGCAGAUGAGCCCGAAUCGCAAGGACAAGAGGCCGUGGCCCGCGGCUACUUGAAUUCCCUCGCCUGGUCGCUACAAUUUCAAAGCAUUCCGUUUUACCGCACCCUCCAGAACAUUUACGGUGAAGAACUAGACGAAUUUUUAACUCGGCUUAGGGCAAAAGCCAUAGCCCUAGGGGUGAUUACGGAUCUCGCAGAGUAUGCUUCGCUGCUGAUCGAGAACUCUGCCAAGUUUUCACACUGGAUAAACACGUUGAUUCCCAUCAUCCUUGCUCUGACCAGUCUCAUCGAUUGUACAUUGGAACCGCCACGGGACUCGACUGGAGAAUCAAGAAUUUCUGCGAUUUCUGAAACACAGCACCUGAAGCUAAUCUAUGAUACCAUCCGGUUGAUCGAUGGAAAAUAUCAGGAAUGGAUCGUCAAGAAGGCCCCAUGGCUUACUAGCGAUGUAAGCGAACAGCUGUUGCGUCAAAUUCCUCGCAGCUUUCAAUCGCUACUUGCCCGGGACCACGAAUUUGUUCAUCAUUUGUCACAAGACCUCUCAAUCGAGCUUCCAGAAGAUGCCGAUCUGACACAACAACAUUUGAUUAUCACAUGGGGGUGGAAGUUCCGAGUAUUAAAGAAGCAAAUCAUGGAAGGCCGUAUGGAACUUCGAGCCCAUGGUGUGGAAACUAUGCAGUCGGAGUUGGUUCUUGUUUGGAAGCAGCACAUCAGCGGACACCUCACAGCAGUCACAUCGCCAUCCAUCCAGUACUUGGUCCACUACAUUCAGGACAACAAGAUAGUAGAUUAUCUUGUUGGCGUCGACUCUCACCCCCAAUUGAUCAGCCGCAGCAGCAACAUCGUUGGUUUUUUGAUAGUGACAUCGACAUAUACAAAUAAGGAAACAGACAUUAUUUGGAAAACGGUGACAGAAAGCCAAGACAGCCGUUUCGUUUCCGAAGUUCUAUCGAUGCUUAUCCGAACAUUUUGUUUGCUUCCACGCGAUGCCCCUGAACUACUUUAUGCUUGCUCAAAGGUCUUGGAAUUCCCAUUAGACCGCUUCGAUGCUCGUGUCCUCGAGUUUUGUGACAGUUUGCUGAAUCAAAUAUCCCAACCCACCGAUCACACUGCUGGAAGCCCUCAUGUGGACACAAUUCCUUUGCGCAUUUGCCUGCGUUUGAUUAGAGAGAGUACUGCUGCAAAUAGCCUUUCUGUCGAUCAGAAAAAGCAGCUACAGAAUUUUGGUAGCAGACACCUUGAACGAUUCAUUAGACUCGGAAUCAGUGAGAACGAUAGGAUGGAGAUGUACGAGCGCUGCAUUCAGGAUAUUGCCGACAUGAAUGAAUUUACUGCGGGAAGUAUCCAGGUGCUCAGCGCUCUCAUUCCGAAUGACGACUCGCAAGAAAUGAGGAAGUUAGCGGAAGAGUUUGGUUUGACUCGUUUGGUCAUAAAAGACCUUCUCCACACUGUGAACAGCGAAACAGACUCCAGCGAUGGUUUCUCCCACCAUGGUAUUAUUUCGCGAAUUGCACUAUUGUUCCGCCUCAUCGACAUGGCACCAGACACAAUCACGGCUGAUCUCGGGAAAUCUUUUUGGAAUGAAAUUCUCACUUCAAAUAAGCUGGGAGAUGAUGGUUAUACAGCCGCUUGGGGCCUGAUGGUCAAAACGUUGAGUCGGAGUUCCAAACCAAAUGGAUUCCUGGAUAGAUGCAUUCAUGAAUAUUUACCUGAGUUGUCGCCCACCGCCUACACUCCGGAACUCCUCUCAUUUGCAAAGCAGUCGAUUGGCUAUGAUGUUAGGUUCCACCCACCCUCGCCGGCGAGUGAGGAUGGAAUUGUAACCAUUCCUGGAAUGGAGCGUAUCUGGACCUUCGUUUUGACAGCCCUUCCGGGCACGAUCGAGGCCGAGGUUACAAAGUUUGCCAUCGAAGUUUACUUAGACCAUCCGAUUAUCCGGACUUCUCCACGCCGAGCCGUUGAAGCUACUCACAUUUCGAUUGUCAAUCGUUGUAUCGAUCAGCUUCAGUCUACUGCUGCAACUUUGCGGACCCCAACAGGAACCGACACGGAUGAAGGGUCCAUGGAACAGGACCUUCCAUCCUCGAGUAUGGGUGCGGAUGAGAUCAAGUUUAGACGUUCUCUUCUAUUCCUUCGACAAUUCUUAUAUGGAUUGCGAUCUCGGCCGCACUACAGUCCCCCGAGAGGGUCUCCACCUCGCCUUCCAGACCGGCCAUUGAAGGGCAACCCAAUAGAGAUCUCUUGGCAGUCAUUUGGGAGCUCCACUUCUUCGGUAAAUAAGCUGGAAAUUGGCGAUCUUUCGACGGCAGCGGAGUUAAUGGACAAAUUUACACAACUCACAGGGUUCUCAAAGAUGAAAGUAAUCUGGGGAGGUCGGCGUAUCGACCUGCUUAAGGAACCGGAAACUUUAGUGAAAGACAUGAAGCUUUCUAGCGGCCUGUUAAUGAUUCAAAAGGCAACGGAUUCCCAAGAUGUGCCUCGUGAUAAUAAACGCCAAAUUCUUACAACCGUUGAUUCUGAGGUUCUCAAACAUUUUGAUGAAAUUUAUGAGCUUUUAUCCCUCAAGGAUGACUUAGCAAGGGAAAUUUUCGACUUUUUGAGCGUCUUCCCACCGCAAGAACGCAUAACAGAGCUGUUCAGUUCAGAAAGCCAGAAUAACGAGGCCCUUUUCCCUCUCUCGAAGCCAUUUGUUGCAUUUUACUCACUGAAUGCGCUCCAGGCGAAGCUUCGCGAAGAAGUCAUCGAGGUAAACCCCGAACAAACCUUUGUCCCUCACAGCAUUGCGAUAUUGGUGGAACUUUUGAUGAAUGCGGAACUUUUGCAAUCUCUCAAACAUAACUUUCUUCGACUUGCUCUAGCUACAUCGUCAAUGGAAUGUCUUUUAAAUGCCAUCACUGUCUCCCGCUCUGAACACGACGAUUCCCCCUUGAUUCAAGAUGCAGCCCCUUUUGUUGAGCACAUUUUGAGUGUGAUCGACAUUGUCCGAUCUAUACCAGCAACACCUGCGACGGCCAGCUGUACUCAAAAGCUUAUCUGCACCUCGUUUGCGGUGAUUGUCGAAGGUUCGACACGUGAUUACAAAUUCUGGGAGGCAGUGAAACAGCAUUCUCAAUUCGACCAACUGAUACAUGGGUUACUUCUGAAGGAAUGCCGACAAUCCAUUAGAAAUGAUGUUUCCGAGAGGCUCAAAACGAUUUGCAGCCCAUCCAAGUUUCACAAGCAAUCAGCAAAGCUGGCGGACGAUGGGGUGCAGUCACAAACUCCAGUCGAAAGUCCUGUUCGAAUAGACAUGCUUGCCACAAUUUGGAACUCAUUAGCUCAGUCUAUGCCCGACUGUUUACAAUAUUCUACCCGUUCGGCCGAAUUUUUCAAAGUCGCUAUUUGGAUAUUUCGCUUUGUUGCUGAGAAGUCGCCGCGGGAUAUCAUUUUCAGUCGGUAUCUUAAGGAAUGGAGCGAAAUAAUGCUCCGUCACAAGACAGAGGAGUUUGUUGGACGUGAAAUCGUCGAUGAUCUUAUUCUUGGGUUUGCUGUUCUGGUGGAGCUUUGUCUUGAUAUGGCGAACUUGGCCAAUAUUGAGCUGGAGACCUUUGACCUUGCAGACCAAAUAAUGAACAAGUUUCUUAUCCCCGACUUGUCUAUGGACGACGUUGAAGGCCCGGUGACCCCCCGAAUCCCACUGCAGCAUUCACUCACUCGCCUUAAGUUGCACAAUAUUGUCGCUCUAUUGUGCAAGCGCAGCAAUGAAAGCCUGAACCGAACUUUGAAGCAUUUGGAAGACGUGGUGCCACGCGACGUUUCAUACGGCCCCAACUCGAGUUAUGACCGGUCAAAAAUGAUUCGAGCUCCGGAGGGAUAUGCUGGAUUGAAGAACCUCUCGAACACCUGCUAUCUUAAUUCCCUGAUGACGCAACUAUUCAUGAAUGUAGAAUUCCGGGACUUCAUGCUUCAUCUCAAUCUUGUGGACUCCCAAUCUUCUCAGACACUUCUAGACGAAACCCAAAAGCUCUUCGCGUGGAUGCAAGAUACUUGGACGAAGAGCGUGGACCCGCAGUCCUUUGUUGAAAGUAUUCGUACUUAUGACAACGAGGCGAUUGACGUUACAAUUCAGAUGGACGUCGACGAAUUUUACAAUCUACUUUUCGAUCGAUGGGAGGCUCAGAUUGUCGACUCAAAAGACAAAAAGAAAUUCCGCUCAUUCUACGGUGGUCAGUUGGUUCAACAAAUCAAAUCUAAGGAGUGUUCUCAUAUCUCAGAGAGGUUGGAGCCAUUCUCUGCUAUCCAGUGUGAUAUCAAGGGCAAGGCAGGUCUUGAAGACAGUUUGCAGGCCUAUGUCGAAGGUGAGAUUAUGCAAGGUGACAAUAAAUACUCCUGCACGGCAUGUGGUCGGCAUGUUGAUGCUGUCAAAAGAGCUUGCCUAAAGGAUGUGCCUGAUAACCUCAUCUUCCAUCUGAAGCGAUUUGACUUCGACAUGGUCACAAUGACGAGAAGCAAAAUCAACGACGAAUUUCAGUUUCCAGAUAAAAUCGAUAUGACGCCAUACAGUGUGGAGCAUCUAUCUGAGCCGGAAACCCCCAUCGAGCCGGAUGUCUUCGAAUUGGUUGGUGUUUUAGUUCAUACUGGUACCGCGGAAUCCGGUCAUUACUACUCGUACACUCGAGAGCGGCCCGCUGCAGGCGUCCUCCCGUCAUGGGUUGAAUUCAAUGAUUCAGAUGUCACUCGUUUCGAUCCUUCCACGAUCGCCGACCAAUGCUUUGGUGGCCAGGGUGAGUCAAUGCAAGGUAUGGGUGGGGUUCAUAUCAACAAAGUGUGGAAUGCCUACAUGCUAUUCUAUCAACGUGUUUCAACCAUGGAACUAUCAAAACAGUCUUACCGUCCGCUGAAGGAAGACUACCCAGUACGAGUUCCAGUGCCAACUGAAUAUGCGAAUUACAUUGCUAUGGACAAUGAGCUAUUCAUUCGUACAUACUGUCUUCUAGACCCAUGCUACACAGGUCUUGUGCAACGCCUACUUGAGCGGUUACGGAAUACCGAUGCGGCAUAUGUUCAUCGACCGGAACUUGAACUCCUAGCCGUGGAAAUUGGGCUGGAUACUUUUGAGCAAUUGAUUGCUCGAACAAAAGAAUAUCAAGGUGCAGAUCAGAUUUGUACUGAGAUUUACAAACUGCUCAGCCGAAAUCCACAUGCUGCGAUUCAAACCCUCAAGUGGGUAUCCGAUCGGGAAACCUCCCUCCGCAAUAUUAUCUUGCGAACUUCGAAUAGCGAUAUUCGACAGAAAGGAAUUAUGCUCAUUAUGGGCUCUUUGAAACGCCUGAGAGUGGCCUUGAGGGAUACUGAUAUCGAUGAAACCGAGCGCCUGCGCUUGCAAGGCGAAGCUGAGCGACACGUUCGGCGUAUGCUGACCAUGCUGCUGAAUCUUUGGCCUUCCAUCCAUACAGUCCCUCGCGCAUGGGAAGAUUAUUUCGAUUGUUUUCUCAAACUCGCCGAUUGCGGAUCAGAGGUCAUUGCCAUGUUACUUGAAAAGGGCGUCUUUGCAUUGUGUCUAGAAGUUAUUUGGCUCGAUCAGGAAGAUAAGAUGGAGCUCCGACAUAUUUACCCACACUACACGAGGAUGUUGGAAAAGGGCCGUCGAUUCAUCUAUACGAACAUGAUGAUACUCUGUGCGGUCUUCUUCAAAAACAUUGAUUUUACCACUCCUCCGGUUCCAGAUGCCACAGUUCGGCACCCGUUGCCGAAUGGCAAGUAUUCGCUCAGUGAAUAUGAAAGCAAAUACAUCUUCAUUUCAGAAGAUGAUGGAAGUCUCGCAUUCUUGAUGAAGAUGUUCCAGCAUGAGCAGUUUGGCCUCCAACAAUCAUGCCUGGACAUUUUCGCAACAUUUGUCGUAGCAGAGCCAGAGGCGCGGGUCCUGGACCGGAUCGUCAAGACGUUAGAAGUCGGGUUGCGACUGUCCCCAGCUGACAUUUGUGCGCCAUUCCUCGGAGCUGCAAUUGUUUUCUGCAAGCAUGCACCUGACGACACAGAAGUCAUUAACAUGAUUGACUUUGUGGCCAAGGGAGUAGACUCGAUCAACAACAGUGGAGGGGUGGAUCACCUUGACUUUUUCCGCCAGCUCUGUACCCCGAAUACCGUUAAUGAGCGACUUUCAUUGAAUACCGAGUGGUUUUUAUCUGUUGUUCAACAAAGAAUUCCAGAUUUUGUUCCAACAUUGCUUAUUGACCCCGAGAGAGUUGUCCGCCUAGAGACACUCGAUCUUGCCAACAGGCUUCUUUUUGCUACGGACAGCGAUGAAGAGAUGUCGGAGGGACCGCCUUCUUUGAACAUUAUGAUUGGCAAGCAGCUGGGCAGAGCUUGCGUUGAAAAAGUCAACAGAACCUUCCUCACAGGACAGACCGCAAGUGUUGAGUCUAGGCUGGUCUACGGAAUUACCUCAACCAUCACCCAUUGCGUGGAAAACUAUUUCGAUUCCAAUGCUGAAGACGAACAGGAAUUCGUCGACCAGGCCAACGAUACCCUGCGUCUGCUCGACCAAAUUACAGUCCAUGUUCCCGAUGAAAUCGUCUCAGUUGGGCUCCCAGAAUCCGAUAUGCCCUCUGCCGAAGAAUGGGAAGCAACAUCGGCACUAGCCAGCGACUCUGAGAUGGGACUUGCGGCGUCUCCUUAA